AUGCGCCGACGCCGCGGAUCCCUCGACGACAGAACCCCUGGAAAGCCCCGCAAACUUCUCGUUGAUGUCGAGGAGACCCAAAGACUGAUCCUCCACCAGGAAGACACCGAUGGAGAUUUCCAGAUCACCGUCUUCGACAAGGGUCCCAAGAGCUUCCCGGUCGGAACAGCCAACUCGAAUGGCUUCAAGAAAUACGAGAUCCGCGGCACCUAUAUGCUGUCGAAUCUGCUCCAGGAGCUUGCCAUUGCCGCCGAUUACGGCCGCAGACUCAUCGUCAUCAACGAGGACCGCCUGAGCGAGAACCCUGUCGAUCGACUUAGCCGCCUUAUCAAGUACCAUUUUUGGGACAGUUUGACCCGCCGCAUCGAUGCCGAUGGUCUAGAGGCAAUCUGUGCCGACUCCAAGAACCGCGGACCUGACCAACGCAACCGUGUCUUUGUCCCGUAUCACGACCAACUUGCCUUGGAGUACUACGCUCAGGUUGCCAAGGACCGCCCCCACUUGCGCUUGGAUGUGGUUCGUCUCCCUGAGAUCAUCACACCUCAAUACGUCAAGACCCUCAACCACCACCCCGGUAUUCUCUCGCUUGGUCUGCGCGAAACAACCGACCACGCCACACAUAAGAAGACCAUCCGUGGAACCCCUUUUGUCGUGCCCGGUGGCCGCUUCAACGAGAUGUACGGCUGGGACAGCUACUUUGAGGCCCUGGGCCUACUCGUCGACGGCCGUACUGAGCUGGCCCGCGGCAUGGUCGAGAACUUUUGCUACGAGAUCGAGCACUACGGCAAGAUCCUCAACGCCAACCGCUCCUACUAUCUGACGAGAUCACAGCCACCGUUCUUGACGGACAUGAUCAUCCAGGUCUAUGCCGCCCUCAGCAACAAACCCGAGUGGGGCCCCGCUCGCCGGCAGUCUUGGAUGCACAACGGUAUCCGCGCCAGUAUCAAGGAGCUCUUCAGUGUGUGGCUGGCUCCUCCGCGUCUGGACGAAGCUACCGGUCUGGUCAAGUACCACCCCGAGGGUAUCGGCAUGCCCCCCGAGACAGAGAGCUCGCACUUUGAUCACAUCCUUGCGCCGUACUGCAAGAAGCACGGACUGGAUCCAGACGUUCCCGAAGACAUGGAGCACAUCAAGCGAAUGUACUCUUCGGGCCACAUCAAGGAGCCCGAACUGGACGAGUACUUUAUCCAUGAUCGCGCAGUUCGAGAAAGCGGCCAUGAUACCACGUACCGCUUCGAAGGCCGGUGUGCAAGUCUGGCAACCAUCGACUUGAACAGCUUGUUGUACAAAUACGAGACAGAUCUCUACGACCUGAUCGCCAAGCAUUGUGGUGGAAGUCUUGCCCAGCGAACGCAGCACCAGGUGCACAAGUACCUUUGGAACCCAAAAGAGAAGAUGUUCUUUGACUGGGACUGCAAGCGCGGCGAGCAGUCCACCUACGAGACAUGCACGACCCUCUGGGCUCUGUGGUCGGGUCUGGCCACCGCCCAGCAGGCCAAGCAGAUGGUUCCUGUGGCCCUGAGCCACUUUGAAGUGACCGGUGGCCUAGUGUCGGGCACGGAACUAUCGCGGGGUGCGAUUGGACUGUCCCGACCAAACCGCCAGUGGGACUUUCCCUUUGGCUGGGCUCCCCACCAGAUGAUCGCCUGGGAGGGCCUCAAGAACUAUGGCUUCAUGCCGGAGGCACGACGGAUUGCCUACCGCUGGCUGUAUACGAUCACCAAGAGUUUUGUCGACUUUAACGGCGUUGUCCCGGAGAAGUUUGACAUUGUCAACAUGACCCACAAAGUCAACGUCGAAUACGGCAACGUCGGCGCGGACUUCAAGUUUGUGGUUCGUGAGGGAUUUGGGUGGAUGAAUGCCAGCUACCAGGUUGGGCAAACGUACCUCACCAAGAACAUGAGGCGUGCCCUCGGAGCACUGAUACCACCUCAGGAGCUGUUUGACCGCUCCGGAGAGGCAGUCAAGUCUCAUCCCAGCGUCUGGAAGCAAAGGAACUCCUUCGACAGCCUCGAGAGGGUCCUCAGCCACUACCAAGAGCCCACUUCCAACAACAACUGCGUGCUCCAGUAG